GUUGGCGCUGGCGGCGGCUCGGCCCGACGGUACAGUAUAGGGGCGGGACCGGCGGCCAUUGGCUGCUGACGUCCCGCCCCCUCAGCCUCCCGUGAUUGGUGUGUGUGUGUGUGGACCCGUCCUGUGAUUGGCUUGCGGGACGUCAAUCAUCCGAAUAUCUGCCCCGCGAUUGGUCAGUGAGGGGGUCGAUCAGCCCCCUUAUCCAAUCUGCCCUGUGAUUGGUCCGUGCGGUGUCGAUGGCCCGCCCCGCAGCGGGCACGGGGUCAGCCUGGGGGCUGUGACCUUUGGCGCUGCGGACGCGGCAGGACAGGGCCGGACACAGAGUGUGCAUCUUGUCCUCCUCCCCUUGGUCUCUACAUCUACCAACCUUCUACCUCCUCCAAUCCCUCAACUUCCUCCCAACCCUCUACCUUCUCCCAUGCUUCUUCCUCCUUGCCUCUGCCUCCUGCCAUCCCUCUCACUCUUAAAUGCUAAUGGAGCGCCCAGGAGUGGCGUAGUUUGUAGCAGGCCGGCCGAGUUAGUUCAUGAUGCCCACGGGGUUAUUGCAGCUACAUGUCCCAGCGGCAGAUUUGGGUGCAUUCACAACCUCUCUCACUUUCACGGGGACAUCCCGAAACAUUUGUAGCUGUUCACCACUCGAUUCGACCGAUUUCCUUUGUGUAAUUUAGAUAGCCAGGGGGCAAAUGAAUCAAUGCACUGCUCACCGAUGCUGUGUCUUUUGACCAUUAACUACGUGCCCAAUGAAUUCCGUCUCACCUUCUGCCGUUCAGUACAUCCAGAGCCAGGAAGAUUUGACUCCCUCGGAUUCUAAGAGGCGACUGCACCCAGCAGCCAGUGAGCGAGAGAACAACUGGAAUGGCCAAUAUAACUUGCCAGAGAAACCACAACCCAACGAACCAGAUGAAGUGGACAAGAUUAAAGCUAAGUUUAUGACAGCAUGGAACAAUGUCAAAUAUGGUUGGGUGGUGAAAGGAAGAACAAAUUUCAGCAAAACUUCCCCAAUUUUUCUGCUGGGACGGUGCUACCAGUUUGAGUCAGAAGCUGAUUCGCCACCAAGUCCAGAAUCUGUUCACGAGGCAAGAGACAACCAAAAUGCUCCUUCUCCCGUAGUCGAGCUGUUCAGGAAAGACUUCGGCUCUCGAAUCUGGUUGACGUACCGUCGUGAAUUUCCGCCGCUGGAGGGUUCAAUUUGGACCACGGAUUGUGGCUGGGGAUGCAUGUUACGCAGUGGACAGAUGUUGCUCGCCCAAGGACUGCUUGUCCAUCUGCUCUCUCGAAACUGGACCUGGCCCGAUGUGUUACUCUCUGUAGAGUCAGAGGCCGAAACCAGAUCGCCAUCCAGGUCCAACAUCACAAACUGGUCAGCUUUCUCCGAAGUCCUCGGCUCGCAAUUGGACAGAAGUAGAAGCCUCCAUGCCCAAGGCUCCGCUGUCCCACAAGCACGUGCACGGACAUUGAGACGGGCCAACGCUGACCCCAGAAUGGACAAAGAGGAAAUGGAGCAUCGAAAAAUCAUUUCCUGGUUUGGUGACUACCCCAAGGCCCCAUUUGGAGUACAUCAGCUUGUAGAAUACGGAAAGAGCUCUGGGAAGAAGGCCGGAGACUGGUAUGGCCCAUCCAUUGUAGCGCAUAUAAUCAAAAAAGCAGUGGAGCAAGCUGACGACUCUGAAUCGCUGGGCAUUGCUGUCUAUGUAGCACAGGAUUGUACAGUGUACACAGGUGAUGUGGUGAAUCUCUGUGAGAUACAACUGAAGGGUAGAAAAGUUCCUGGUUUGGAUUGGAAGUCUGUAAUUAUCCUGGUGCCUGUUCGACUUGGAGGUGAAAGUCUCAACCCAGUGUACAUGCAAUGUGUAAAGGAAAUCCUGAAGCUUGAAUGUUGCCUUGGAAUCAUUGGUGGGAAACCAAAGCACUCGCUUUACUUCAUUGGAUUUCAAGAUGAUUUCCUGCUGUAUUUGGACCCUCACUACUGCCAGCCGGUUGUGGAUGUAACUAAAUACAACUUCCUGCUGGAGUCAUUUCACUGCAUCUCUCCAAGAAAGCUGUCCUUCAGUAAGAUGGAUCCCAGCUGUACCAUCGGAUUCUAUGCCAAGACGAGGGAGGAUUUUGAAAAUUUGUGUGAAAAUGUUUCAAAGGUGUUGUGUUCCUCGUCUUUGAGAGAGAAGUACCCUAUUUUCACCUUUGCAGAGGGCUGUGCUCAGGAUUACGGUCUGGAUGAACUCUGCACUCACAAACCGGAUACUACUGUGCAAAUCUCCAAUUCUGAAAGACUAGGGAAGUCAAAGCAGAACAGCACUGACGAGUUUGUUUUCCUCUAACGAACAAUGGACUUGCAAUUAAAUAUCUGUGCCUGCUGCCUUUCAGCAGGGAACAAACUUGGGAACCUCUCUGAAUGUUCUGAUAUUUAUAUUCUGUUGUCUUUCCAUAAUGACUUGGAGUCACAGCAAUCAUCAACCUUUCUGGGUAACUUUUACUCCGACACUCGUAUAACUCUUCCUAAGAAUGAUCUUGUUGCCUUUUCGUUCCCUUUUAUAAUAGUGCUGACAUUCUGUGUGUUGAUCGUGGGUCUGCUUGAUGCAGGUCCUCUGAGGCAUUGGCAAUUUCAGACUGGCUGAUAUUGAAACGGGUUGUGCAACAAGUUGAUGCAGAUGUAGCUGAGAUGCUGGCACUGGGAUUUGCCCAAUCCUUAACCUAUAAUGAUCUAAAUUAUUGAGCAAUGGAAGGAUUCUGUUUCAUAGGAUGGACUGGAAUGGUUGUUGAAUCUGAUACUCUUCCAUUGGUGUAUUUGCAAUCCAUUCUGCUUGAAUUAUAGUUGAGGCCUGGCUUCCACGGGUCAGGAGCACCGAGGACGAUUAACUGGUCCCAUUAUUCCUCUGAAGAUAGACACAAAAUGCUGGAGUAACUCAGCAGGACAGGCAGCAUCUCUGGAGAGAAGGAUUGGUGACGUUUUGGGUCGAGACCCUUCUUCAGACUGAAGGAAUGGGUGACGUUUCGGGUCAAGAUCCCUCUUCAGACUGAAGAAGGGACUCGACCCGAAACGUCACCCAUUCCUUCUCUCCAGAGAUGCUGCCUGUCCCGCUGAAUUACUCCAGCAUUUUGUGUCUAUCUUCAUUGUAAACCAACAUCUGCAGUUCCUACCCUUUUGGCUGAUAGUGGAUCCUUUGAAUUUGCCAUUUUUUUUAUUCCCUCCACAGUUUUCUCCUCGGCAGGUAAACUGAUCAGCCCACGGAACUGCCUCUUGGAUUUCUGACACCCUCCUUCACACAGUGUGUGUGUGUGUGAGCCACAUUACCUGGAUUCACAACUCAUUCUUACUCGAGUGUCGGCAUGUACCCUAUCAGCACACAGACUGUCCUCACUACAGCACUCCUUUGCCUCUUUAAGUUACCCCACGACGUUCUGUUUCAACAUUACAUUGGGAGAACUGUGACCUGAAUGUUUUGUGUGAAUGUCAAACCACAUCUUCAUUUUGGGAAACGGAAAGGCAAAACAUUUCUCUACGGAAUGGUUACAAUUUAUCUAUUUUGCGUCGUACAUUUAUUUAUAAAAUAGUAGGCUAAGAGGCCUACCAUGAACAAAGGAACGAAUGUUAAACUUUUUAAAGAAAUAGUUUAGUUUAUUAUCAAAUCCACACAAGCAGUCCGAUGCAGUGCAGUGACAUUUUUAAAUUUCUAACGCUCCACCCGUUCUUUUUUGAUAAUAUUUUACUUUGGGUGUUAAUAGGGUUCUGUUGCCUUUUACCUGGAGGUUCUGGUUCACAUUUAUCUUGGUGAUGAGUUGAAAGUCUAAGCUUGUCCAGGGAUGUGUUCUUUCCUGUAGCCUGCAUUCAAACUGGGCCUUGCCUCUAAUUCGACACAAACUAGCAUUAAAAUCUCAUUCGGGCCACUGGAUGUUGGUGUGGCCAAUGUAGAAGGCCAGUGACCGAAGCGUGGUUCUUGUUCAAGGUAUCAUUGGAAUAGAACAGGAGUUUCACAAUACUUUCUUGCACUUGAACUACCUGGAGCCGGCGAAUUUCAGAUCGCGUGGAUUCCGAGGGUUGGUCUGCUCCCUGUGUCACCCACAGCACCAUCUGUACUUUUAAAUUGUUACUGUUAUCUGUCAAUGCUAACUACAGACCUUGAAACAUCACUACUGAUCCUAAUGACUCUAAAAGUGUUGUCUUAGAUGAUUUAUUGAUCUAACAGGUAAGAGCAGUCUGAUUCCAUAUUUAGUUGUACUAUUUAUUCUGUAUGUUCCAAUUUCUGUAUUUGCUCGUUACUUUGCUGUAAUAAGCCUUCCCUCUGAAGCUUAGCUGUGUGCAUUUACUUCUGUCUGUUAAAUCCAUCUUUCUGCCCUCCCCACAAUGGUUGAAAUAAGAGUUUGUAGUAACGUCUUUAGGAUCAAUUUCACGACUGAGGCAGUGGAGAGUUGUUGACAAGCAGGUGAAGAUCAGUUAAUGGUCUGUGCAGUGGAGACUUUGGCAUUCAGCAUCUUGUUUUGUGAUGAGUGCUGUGCAUUCUCUCCAUCACCACCAUAUUGUGUGAACAGCCAAGUUUGACAGUGUUUAGUAGAAGAGGGUUUAUCGUAAUGUCACUGUUUACUGGUGUGGGUUUGGGUCAUAAAACCUGCUGACUACUACGUUGCAGAGCUCAGGACCAUUCUCAUAGUGGGCCAUCAUGUCUCCUCAGUGGUGACCCUUUGUUUCAUGUUAACAAAUAUCUGUUUCAAGGGUAGAGAAGGCAGCUGUUUGCGCAGUAUUUUAAACUUGUAUCAGAUUUUUAGUAGAACCAUUCUGCCUUGAAUCUUAUUUUGAAAAUGUUUUGCCAUAACAAAGAUGAACUGAGCUAAACGAGGUAAGGGGAGUGGGGGUGGCAGAGGGACAUUGAUCUUUCUGUGAUACAGUUUGCACCUUUCACUGUGGUGAGGCAUGAGGCACUGUACGAUUCACUGACAGUUUUUCUGCACUUAACUUCAGGGAAUUAAUCAAGCUGCAGAACUGUCAGGAGGGGUGAAGGACUCUCGAUCGGUUCUGUUUAAGCAACUGGCCAUCUUUCUUCCGAAAUGGCAGCAUGUUAAAGAUAUCGUCGUUGGCAAGCUGGUGAGCCAAUGAUAUCAUUAACGUGCAGUCAUUUCAUUAGCCAGAUCCAGUCAGGGGGAGGCUCAGGGGGGUCGGGGUCAGGUUGCUGCUGUAGGGGACACCCGUGAGACAUGCACAUGAGUACAAACUCAUGGCUGCAAUGGUUUACACUCUGGUAUUAAUAUGGGACAUUUAUACUCCGAUAACUAGAUAUAAAAUAUAGCUGCAUCUUCUGUUUAGAUCAGGUUGAUUAUCGCUAAAAAAGAUUUUUCUUAUUAUCUAUCCCGUUGCCCAAUCAUCAUUUUAUGUUUAAACUCCAUUUCCUGUCUCCUUCACCCUUCCUCACUCUUGUGGCUUCCUGUUCAAGUGGCUCCUAAUUAGCCCUACUAUUCAGAGAAGAGUUCUGCAUCCUGGCUGCCAUUCUCCCCUCAUUAAAGAUUGAGUAUCUCUUGCUACUUGUGGCACCUCAUACCCAAGGUCCUGCCAUAUUUACCCAUGUAACUACAGUCAUUAACACAGUGGAAUUCACUGAACCAAAAAUACAUUCCUUUGUGAGAAAUGCUGCUGGAUAAAUGCAGGUUAUUUUACCGAAGUGUGCAGUUGAACAUCCCGCAGCAGGAGUGUUCUCCAGUACUGGUUCCUCCCGGUAUAUUCUGAAUGUUCUUUUAAUACUGGAGUCAACCCGUAUUCUGGUGUCUUUCCCACUGUGUGCAGACUGACUGAUAAACCAUUCUGAGUGUAUUUUUUACCACACUUGAAUUUGCAGGUAGUGAUUCCCUAUUCAGGACACACAAGGAAGAUUUUCUGCAGUGGUUAGUGCUGUGACUGUUGGCUGGAAGAGUUGGAGAGCUUGUGCAAGAGCCAUUUGUAAAUGGGUGCUAGAAAGAGCAGAGUGAGGGAUGCAGGGGGCAUCCUUGUAGAGUUUAGUUUUUUUGUAACUCCUAUUCCUGUGUCAAAAGUCCCUCCCCAUGAUUAAUUUUUAUUUGUGGUUGCUCUUUGCUCCUUGCCUACGUCUUCCAACCUCUGAUUGCUUCUUGCUGGGUUGUUCCUCUGCCCCUUCCCUCUGUUCUCCCAACGGAAGGUGUGAAUCAUAGUAUAUUUGGUGUGAAUUGCAUUGCUGAGUGCUGACAGACUGUUUAACUGUGGCGGACAUUAGGAACUUGCACUUCAGGCAAGGGUCGCUGAUCGGUGACUGUAAUCUAGGGCCAUUUUACUGCACUCCCCAGAUGAUCCUGUACCACUGUCCAUAGGCAGUACAAUACAGACUAGCCCAGGUAUUGAAGCAAUUACCUUCCUAGCUCAGCCUGUAUUCUUUAAGCCAUUUUGUUGAACUCUUGCACGAUUCUGCGAUUGAGUCAUGAUGUGAUAAUUGAAUCUUUAAUAUACAGGGUUGGUUAAACGUGUGUGUGUGUGUGUGUGUGUCUCAUCUCAUCUCAGUUUGACUUCCACGUUUCAUGCAAAUUUAAUGCUGCUAGAAUUUGGAAAAAAUCAUGUGCAUAGUUUUUUUGCUCUAUUUAUAGACAUGAAAUGAAGAAUUAUAUUACUGUGAGAGUGGAUGGAAGUUACAAUCCAUCUGCUUCAACCAGCAAAACAGCCCUUGCUUUGUCUGAGAGCAAAUUGAUUUUAUCACUGUCGAUGUUUCAAUGGUAUUUGUAUUCUGCUUGUCAUUCCUGAAGCUACUGUGCAUGCACUACUGAAAACUGUUCCAGCUGUGCGGAUUUAGUAAGGCCUGGCUGCAACAGUGUCCAUAUGAUAGUGUUCAAAUUACUUUCUAGCUGCCUUAACAGCACUGUCAUGAAUGGUACCGAUCCAUGAAUGAUCUGGAAAAUCCCAGGAACCAUUUGCUUAAAGCUUAGGAACUUCUGAGAAAGGAGAAAGUAACUGGUUUUCAUUCCUACUUGCCCCCCUGGAACUUGUCCAUAAAUAUCAGAUGCGAACCAGCCUCUUUAUCUCACAGGUGAGAUUCUUGAGCAUGCCUGGCGCUCGAAUUGCAUCCCAGUAAAACUCCGCGUCAUCACAAGCUGAUCUAGCGGCCUGGGGUUUGGUUGUGUGGCUGAGAUGGGUGCAGACUCCUUCACACUUCCUCUUCUGUUGCUGUCUAUCUGUGUACAGAUAGUCCAGCUUCUAACAGAAUUAACGCAGGCCUUCCUAAAGCGCACAGUGCCAUACGAUAAUGCAGUACUCAUAAACCAAGCAGUCUCCUUGUAUUUUGUGUGAAAAGUUCUUGGAUAACACUAGGAAGUUUUAAUCCUUUGAGAAUCUUUAUUUUUUGACAGAGCAGACUGGAGAGAACUUCCUCCUUCUGGGUUUCGGACAUCUUGAGACAUAUUGGGAACUUAGAUCACACUUUAAUUUAAAGUGGGUCAAUGUUACCAACACCCUCCCCUUUGAGGGCACAAAAAAUUGGGCUCACAGUGUCCGUCUGUUUAAAAACAUUUGCAUCGCAAGAGAACUGUGCAGGAAAGUGUGAAAGUCUCCAUCCCAAUUCUCAAUCUGCGUUUACCAUGCAUCAAAGGAUUAAAGCAAAAGCUUUCUAAUUUAUUUUGGAUUAGAAUGAAACUGAAUUUAAAGCUACCUGGCAGUUAUAAAUAAAUGGAAUCAUCCACAUUUGACAAUC